AUGUAUUCUGGACAAAGUCGCUCUCCCGUACGAUACCCAUUACGCCGUCGCUCAUCCAUUGACUACGACGACAGUUAUCGUUAUCCCGGCGAUCGGAAUCCCCGAUCUCCCUAUUCCCGUCCCCGUCACCGGAGGAGCAAUUUUGAUGCAAAACCUGACCGAACCCGUGAUAAACCAUACCUUGAUAAGUUUUACCCUGCUCAUGUCGCCCACAUCAACGCCGGGGCGGUAAUCGUGAAUCCUCAGAACAUUCCGAAGGUUAAAUUGUCCGUCGACCCGAAUCGGCGGCCUGAGUGGAACCGACGGUUUGAUUCUGCCCCACCAGUUGAGAAGGGUCCCCCGAAUUUAGCUCUAGAGGAGAGGUUGUGGAUUCUGAUUAAAGGAAACAAAUUGGUUUCGGGAUCUAAUGUUGGACUUGGGUAUGUUGUUCUGAAAGACGUUGCGGAUUUGACUGGAGAGGAGAUUGAGAUCCCGGGGAUUCCUUUGCCGUUUCCUUUGGCAAUGCCUUUUGCCCCUGACAUUAGAUAUAAAGAUUGGUCUGUUUGGUCGGUCGAGGUAGCUGCAUUUUGGGCGAAAAGGGUGAUUUGCGACGUCGCAUCUAAUUCUGCUGAUGGUGAUGAUCUCGUUAGUGUGUAUCAUGUUAGACCUGGUUCGUGUUCGAAGAUCUACGCUGACAUUGAUGUGGUUGAAUUCAUGCGCAGCAACCAUUUACUUUUCUCAAAACCUGUGAUUAUGGGGCAUUUUAGUGACAUGAGAUAG